GAUAUUUUUUUCUCAUACUCAAAAAUUUCUCAUUGAAAGAAAGCAAGUGAAAGAAGGCGAGCCACACGAGUGGAAAAAACAAUUGAUUAAACGCUAUAAACAAUUUUGUUAAUCUGAAUAACGUUGCCCGAUCAAGUACAGAUAAAUAAGUUGGCAAAAAAAAAGAAAGAAAAUAACAUAGAAACGCAGCGAAAGAAGUAGCAGCAGCGGUGACAUCCGUUUUAAAACUACAAAUACAUACAUUUUAGCUUAUAAUAAAUAUCAGAGAUGGGUAAGGACUUUUACAAAAUUCUUGGCAUCGACAAAAAGGCCAGCGACGAUGAAAUCAAGAAGGCAUACCGCAAGCUGGCGUUGAAAUACCACCCGGACAAGAACAAGAGUCCACAGGCUGAGGAGCGGUUUAAGGAGAUCGCUGAAGCGUAUGAGGUUCUUUCGGACAAGAAAAAGCGGGACAUCUUCGACUCGUAUGGCGAGGAGGGUCUCAAGGGCGGCAUGCCCGGCCCGGACGGUGGAAGUCAGCCUGACGGUUACAGUUACCAGUUCCACGGCGACCCGCGAGCAACAUUCGCCCAGUUCUUUGGGUCUUCGGAUCCCUUUGGUGUGUUCUUUGGCGGCGGCGACAACAUGUUCGGAGCAGGCGGUGGAGGUGGCGGUGCCACCAAUGAGAUCUUUAUGAAUAUUGGAGGCGACGAUAUGUUUGGCGGAGGUUUCGGUGGCAAUCCUAUGGCAGGAGCUUUCCGAUCACAGUCGUUCAAUGCGCAGGCCCCUAGCCGUAAGCGCCAGCAAACACAGGAUCCGCCUAUCGAGCAUGACCUGUAUGUCACUCUGGAGGAGGUAGACAGGGGCUGUACCAAGAAAAUGAAGAUAUCGCGCAUGGCCUCUACCAACACUGGAUCCCAAAAGGAAGAAAAAGUUUUAAGCAUCACAGUAAAACCAGGCUGGAAGGCCGGCACAAAGAUCACAUUCCCCAAGGAAGGCGAUCAGGCACCGGGAAAGAUUCCCGCAGACAUCAUUUUCAUAAUCCGCGACAAGCCACACCCACAGUUUAAGCGCGAGGGCAGCGAUCUGCGCUAUACGGCCCAGGUCAGCCUAAAACAGGCACUCUGCGGUGCACCUGUCAAUGUGCCCACUCUGCAGGGCGAUAGGAUUUCUGUGAACACCUCGAACGAGAUAAUCAAGCCCACCACAACGCGGCGCAUCAGCGGGCGCGGCCUGCCCUUUCCUAAAGAACCAUCGCGUCGCGGCGAUCUGAUCGUAGCCUUUGACAUCAAGUUCCCAGACACACUGCCGCCCAGCCUGCGGAAUCAACUGGCGGAGUUGCUGCCCAACUAAUCAUCCAUAUGUUAGCCUCGUAGUUAAGGCCUAAGUUUAGUUACUUUACGUACUUUAAGAAACUUAACCAUUAUCCAGAACAGAUGGAGCACGGAGACAGUGUGCCAAGAGAUCGAACUGCUGUAGAUACAGAUGUAGAGAAUACAGACGCUAGAUAAGAUAGGGAAGAGAACACACAAGCAACAGACGGCGCCCCGUUCUGUUGGAGACUGAUCGACUAUUUACUAUUACACCUAGUUCCCCGAUUCCAGAUUUACCUUACCGCCCGAUUAUGCAAUCGGUAUUUUAAAUCUCCUGAUAUUUAUAUAUCACUAAGCUGCAAAUAAAAAUGUAUUAUAAGUUGAAUGAAGCUCACGGCUUUUGUAGAGAUCGCAUCUCUGGCAUUCCAAUUAAAUUUUUCCCCCACCCCACACAAACUACUGCUAUGUCGAUAGUCUUUAUCAGCAAACUAAAUAGUGUACGUUUUAGUACCAAUUUGAUUCGGUCUAACAAUAAAGUUAUUAAUACGAAA